CUCAUUUCCGCAGGAGCUCACAAGCCAGUCCUUUCGCGCGCGUAUAACGAAGUUUCCGUCGGCGUGGACCCAGAGGAAGCACUGGUCAUUGCGAUACGCGAGGCACUCGACGCGCCAGAUAGUCCGUGGACUGCACUACUGGAGCCGAUCAUCGGGCCUCGCACACCUGAGGAGUAUCGAGCACAGGUGCGGGCGACGCUUGACGCAAGAAAGGACGCGAAGAACUGGCGAAAGAGGGCGAAGUGGUGGAAAAGCCAGGCGAAGGAGGCGGGACUCAAGGCUGCAAUCACUCCGAGUCCCUCGAAUAUCUCGAGUAUCGUGGAGGACCUUCCGGAGGAGCGACAACGUGCUUUGGACGAGUUA